ACUUUUUUGGUGAAUUUUCCUAAGUUGAGAAUCUUAGAUUUCUGUUUUAAUUUGCAGAUAUUCUGUAGGACAAAAAUAAGUUUUAAUGCAGAAUUCAAAUUGCCUAUUUUCAGGGCUGGCAAGCCAGCUGUCGGCCUGCAUUUGGAUGUGGCAAAAGGAGAUCGCCUCAUUCAGAAACUCAUGGUGGACGAGAAGAAAUGCUAUUUAUUUGGACGCAACCCACAACUAAAUGACUUCUGCAUAGACCAUGCCAGCUGCUCUCGUGUUCAUGCUGUGCUUGUCUACCACAAGGUGUUGCAGAAAGCCUUCUUGGUUGACCUGGGCAGCACUCACGGGACGUUCCUUGGCAAGAUGCGCCUUGAAGGCCACAAGCCCACCCAGGUGCCACUGAACUCAACAUUUCACUUUGGGGCGUCGACGCGCAUGUACACGCUGCGUGAGCGCCCUCACUCUGCCCCCAAGCCCGUCAUGGAGGAGCUGGAGAAAAUGCCCACUGAGGAUGGGGAUGGUGCCCUGCUGGGUCUGCCUGAGACAGAGACAGAACUUGAUAACCUGACGGAGUUCAACACGGCGCACAACAGACGCAUCACAAUGCUGGGCAUAGACGACGAGGAGGCAAGACCCAGGAAGAGACACAAGUUCAACAUCAGCUUCAAGGAUGAGGAAGACGUCAUUAACCCUGAAGACAUCGACCCCAGCAUCGGGCGGUUCAGAAACCUCCUUCAAACUACAGUCGUGCCCAAUAAGAAGAGACGCAUUGACGCUCCGACGGCCUCGAUCGCCAGCGUUCGUGCCGGACACGGCCACCGGUCCACACUCCACCCCGACAGCGGGGGACUCUACGAGGACCUUCCCCCUGGGGAGGCUGGGGACUUCAUGAGUCCCACGCCUUACCACCACACCCUCGGCAACCCCUUCUUCUCUCCCUUUAUCUCCUCCAAACUGGGGCUGCCUCUCCCCAACCCUGCCCCUGAGGUAGAGCUAUUGCCUCCCGAGCCCCCGCCCUCUGCAGAGGUACCUGCUGUGCCCGCCGCUGGGGCCCCCGGAGCCGACCCUGAUGAGCCCAAGAAGAAGAAAUACGCCAAGGAAGCCUGGCCUGGCAAGAAGCCCGCGCCUGCGUUGCUUGUAUAAACCUGACUUCAUCAUCCCUUUUGUGUAUUUUUAUAUCAGUGUCUUGUAUCCUGCCAUUAGCCGGGAUGUUGCGUUCUUGAGUUUUGCACACAAAAUUACCAUUUUGACCAUGAAAAACUACAGGAAAUUCAUUAAUUUGUUGUGGAGUGAACAUAACAACGAGUAUUCAUUUGUAGGUGCGAACUCAUGUCGGUCGUUUAGGAAGACACUGUUCAAAUUAAAAGCUUAAAAAAUGUUACUAAACUGAAAGAAAUAAGAAAACCUCGUCUAAAAGCAUUGAUGUCACCUAUGUGAUACGUAAAACUCGUUGGCUAUCAAACGCUUGUUUUCGUUCUCAGAAAUAUCUUGCAUUAUCCUAAUAAUAUCAUUUCCCAUAAUGAGGUUGAGAGGAGUGAGUUAUAGCAAUAGGGUUGAGCGUCCAGACAACUACGACGGUAACUUAUCAUAGUAUUUUUGUAAUCAUGCGCUCCAUGUGAGUAAUUGGAUAAUUUCUUUGAUCCUGUCAUUUGUUUUCGGUGUUGAAAAUUGGAUGGAUAGUAUAGCAAUUUAAUUGUGCUACUCAAGAUAAAUUAAUUAUUUCAGCCAAAUUUAUUGCCUGGCUUACAGGACAAAUCAAGCCAAGAAUGAAGAUUUAGAACAAAUUCUCAUCUAGCCUAUUCGCAUCAUGAUCGAAGCAUCCAGUGUUUUGAACUAUGAUUGAAAUACCAAAUUAUCUCUAUUCGUAUCUUAUGUUCUUAUCUCAAACGACAUUCUUUCUCAUAAUGUCCUUGCAAUGAACGAACGCAUCGUUUCCUUGCUAACUCUUCUCGCCCAUCAACCAUCACUGAUCAUCAUUCUCAUCACCUACAGGUCCAUGUGCAUCAAUUCUCCGUUAUUGUUGCAUUUCCCCGUUAUAAAUAAGGUGCGACAUAAUUUUGUGCAACUAAAUUAACCGUAUGUUGU